AACUGGAUAAGAAAGGGCAAAGAAAUACAAAAGUGAUGGCCACAUUACCUAUUGCAUCAGUUUCCAGUUCCACCAUGGUUUUCUCAAUGAAAACUCCUCCUUUCCCAUCGAACUCUCUUAAACAUCCUUACAUUCGUAACUCUUACAAUCACCUUCCUUCUCGAAGACUCGCUCUCUUUCAACUCGGCUCUGUUUCGGCGAUCCCUCAGUCGGAAUUCUUUGGUUCGAUCGUGAGUGGUAAAUCUGAGAACACCGCUACUGCUAUUAAGGAGCAAGAUGCAUUAAACUGGGUUAAAAACGACAAUAGAAGAAUGCUUCAUGUUGUUUACCGUGUUGGCGAUUUGGAGAAGACGAUCAAGUUUUACACCGAAUGCUUAGGAAUGAAGCUCUCAAGGAAGCGUGACAUACCCGAGGAGCAAUAUUCGAAUGCUUUUCUUGGAUAUGGACCUGAAGAUUCUCAUUUUGCUGUUGAACUUACUUAUAAUUAUGGAGUUGACAAAUAUGAUAUUGGAAAUGGAUUUGGUCAUUUUGGUGUUGCAGUAAACGAUGUUUCGAAAACAGUGGAUCUAGUAAAGGCAAAGGGGGGGAAGGUUACAAGGGACCCUGGACCUGUUAAAGGAGGGACUAAAAUAAUUGCUUUUAUCGAAGAUCCGGAUGGUUAUACAUUUGAGCUUUUAGAGAGGGAGCCGACACCUGAGCCACUUUGUCAAGUAAUGCUUCGAGUAGGUGAUCUUGAUCGAUCUAUUAAUUUCUACAAGAAGGCUUUUGGCAUGGAGCUUCUUCGUGCAAAAGAUAAUCCCGAGUAUAAGUAUACGACAGCCAUGAUGGGAUUUGGUCCUGAAGACAAAAAUGCAGUGCUGGAACUGACGUACAACUAUGGUGUCACAGAAUAUGAUAAAGGCAAUGGUUAUGCACAGAUAGCAAUAGGCACAGACGAUGUUUAUAAGACCGCAGAAGCAAUUAAGCUAUGUGGAGGAACGAUUAUCCUUGAACCUGGACCCUUGCCAGGCAUCAACACUAAGAUUACUGCUUGCCUGGACCCCGAUGGCUGGAAAUCGGUAUUUGUUGAUAACAUUGAUUUCCUUAAGGAGCUUGAGUGAUCAAAUAUAAUCAUAGCUGCGAUUGAAUCCAGGGAGAGGUUCAUAGCAAUUUUUCUGUUUACAUCCCAUCUUCUAGACUUUCCUUUUUCUUUUUUCUUUUUUCUUUUUUUUUUUUUGUAUAGGACUGUUGAAGUUGCUAUUCAUUGCCAAUUAAGCUGGGUACACGGGGAAUCAGGUAUAUGCAUUUGAGCAUGAUUGCUUUACAGGAAUGAAAAUCCAAGUUUCAAUGAAUCCAAUUGUUACGAAAAUUCAACAUAUUCCGGAUCCCAUUCCUCAUCUGUUUGUCACCUUUAGUCUUGAACUCGAAUCCAAUGAUUCUUUCGCCUGUUUUAAUCCCAAAGUAAGCUGUGCUUGCUCAGCAUUGUCUCCUCUCUUCCUUUUAGGCCAUGCUGGGAGUGACAUGUCACUAUGAACUCCUGAGAUCACACCUGGAGGUGCAGAGUACAAGGCUUAGCUUACACUUCUUUUUAGUGUAUGUACCAGCUUAUAUGUAUGCUUUUCAAUUUAAUCACCACCUGUUUUACAUUACAAAAUGUAGUAAUGGACAAAUUUCUAGAUAACCAAGUUAGUGAAAACUGCAUUCUAA